AUGGUCAAUGUUACUAUUGCAGGUGGCUCUGGUCCGGUUGCCAGGGAGAUAAUAGAUGCCCUUCUUGUUACGGGGAAACACAGCGUUACCAUUUUGAGUCGAAGAGAAGCUUCGGACGAAGAUGUGAUUCCCGGAACUACCUGGCGUGCAGUGGAUUAUAGCAACCAUGGUGCCUUGGUGGAAGCUCUCAAGGGUACACACACUCUGUUAUCUUUUGUUCAGAUCAUGCAGCAAUCUGGGCAGGAUACACAGAAACAGUUGAUUGAUGCAUCUGUUGCUGCUGGAGUCAAGCGUUUUGCACCCAGCGAAUAUGGAAGCUCGGGAACUGCUCAUAUGUCUUGGUAUUCUGGGAAAGAGGUGGCAAGGGAGUACUUGAGAAAACUCAAUGCGAGUGGGAAAGUCCUUGAAUAUACCUUGUUUCAACCCGGCCUUUUCUUAGACUACCUCGCAUCCCCAUACAAAACAUCAAAGCACAUAGAGCCUAUAGACUUUAUUUUCGAUUUUGAAAAGUGCCGGGCUGUCAUCAUUGAAGGGCAUGGGGACACUACGAUUACAUUGACCUCGGCGGCUGAUACUGCCGCAAUGAUUGCCAAAGCUGUCGACUACGAUAAAGAGUGGCCAGAGGUCAGUGGAAUUCAAGGCAACCGAGCCACCUUUUCCCAAAUUAUCAAGAUUGGAGAAAAGCUUAGAGACCGCCCCUUUACUGUUGAAAAAGUUCAACUAGAAGAUGUCAAGGCUGGGAAUCUUACUCUGCCAUGGCGCUUCGAGAGGCAUCAUUCAGCUAUUAGUGAUGAAGAAGCAGAGGUUAUGUCGAAAAUAGUAGUUACUGGUGUUUUUCUUAGUAGUCUUGAGGGAGGCUGGGAUGUGUCUAACGAACUGAACCAAAUAUUCCCUGACUAUGAGUUUGCGAAGAUAGAAGAUUUUCUCUCAAAGGUCUGGAAUAGGAAGGUCUAA